GUGGUGGUGGUGCGGCAGCGACAGGCGGCCAAUGCACGCGAGCGGGACCGCACACAGAGCGUGAACACGGCCUUCACCGCCCUGCGCACGCUCAUUCCAACCGAGCCGGUGGACCGAAAGCUGUCCAAGAUCGAGACGCUGCGUCUGGCGUCCAGCUACAUCGCGCACCUGGCCAACGUGCUGCUGCUGGGAGACUCGGUCGACGACGGGCAGCCGUGUUUCCGCGCGGCGGGCGGUGGCAAGAGCGCGGUCCCCGCCGCCGACGGCCGUCAGCCGCGCUCCAUCUGCACCUUCUGUCUCAGCAACCAGCGCAAAGGGGGUAACCGUCGUGACCUUGGGGGCAGCUGCUUGAAAAUGAGGGGUGUAGCCCCCCUCCGAGGGCCUCGGCGAUGAGCCUGGGUCCCUGCAGUGUUUGCUUCAAGAAGGACUCCAGAGAAAGGCCAGGAGCCAACCCCUCAUUGGACAGGGGAGAAGAUUCCAGAAGCCCAAACCUACUCCUUUGUGUAGGGACCAGAGGACAAUGGCCUGGACACAGGGCCCACCCUGGAGAGCCACGAGGACCCAUUUAGCCAUCCGGGCCUAGCUGAUCAGGGACAAGGCAGAAAGUUCAGAACACCAAAGACUAUUUUUGGAAGUGUGUGUGUGUGUGUGUGUGUGUGUGUGUGUGUGUGUGUCUACACGUGAAUGCGAUAUAUGAGAGAAUUGGUGGGGUUAAAAUAAAGGUAUUUUUAAAUAAA